UUUGUUCUUGUAAAAAUUAGCAAACUUGAAAAAAUUAACAAAAAAGUUUUCAAUUAAGAACACAUGUCGUUACGCGUUUUUAGUAAACACUUCUCGGUCUCCAUAAACAAACGUUUGACGUUCGGUGCUCUACAAAAAACACGUGAAUUCCCAACAAGACAACUUAUCACCACCACCAGCUCUACAAACAUGUCACUAAAUGAAGCCAAACGUAUUGCUGCUUAUCAAGCUGUAGAUGAAUGGGUCAAGACUAACACAGCCGUGGGUAUUGGCAGUGGCUCUACUGUGGUAUUUGCUGUCGAUCGUCUAGCAGAACGUGUUAAGAAUGAAGGUCUACAAGUAGUGUGUGUUCCCACAAGCUUCCAAGCACGCCAACUUAUUGUGGAAAACAAUUUAACCUUGGGCGAUUUAGAUCGUAAUCCUGUAUUGGAUGUAGCCAUUGAUGGUGCCGAUGAAGUGGACAAGGAUAUGGUUUUGAUUAAAGGCGGUGGUGGUUGUUUGCUACAGGAGAAAAUUGUUGCUUCCUGUGCUGAAAAACUUAUAAUUAUUGCCGAUUACACUAAAAACUCACAAAAAUUGGGAGAACAAUACAAAAAGGGUGUACCCAUUGAGGUGGUGCCUAUGGCCUAUGUGCCCAUUAGAGAAAAGGUACAGAAAAUGUUCGGUGGUGAGCUGAAAUUACGCAUGGCUGUUGCUAAGGCCGGUCCCUGUGUCACUGAUAAUGGUAAUUUCAUUUUGGACUGGCAUUUUCCACAAGAACAAGAGUUCAAUUGGUCGGAAGUUAAUAAGGAUUUAUUGUUGAUUCCCGGUGUUGUGGAGACUGGUUUAUUUGUUAAUAUGGCUACUAAAGCAUACUUUGGUAUGGCCAAUGGUGAAGUUAAGACUCAGGAAAAGUAGUUUUUUCCUUUUCUUUGUAAGCAUAGUAGUAGUUUUAAGUUAAAAGUUCAUAUAUUUUGUUUUAGAAUGACUUGCCGUUUUUGGGGUUUGUUUGUAAAGAAUCUUUGUUAAAGUACUAAUGUUGCAUUUGUUAAAUAAAAACUCGAAAAAAUAGAAUAUUUUUUGUAAACAUUAAAA